UUCCGCACUGCUUCCUUCCGGUCGCAGCAGCCGCUGUACGGAGCGGUGCAGCCUUUUGAGCACCUCAUUUGGGAUCGUUGGUGCCUGACCGCAGGUGUUACGGGUUCUACUGGCCGCUGGAACGCCAGCGGGCCAGCACGAGACGCGCCUCUUCGCCAUGAGUCCCCUCACGGCGCGGCUGCUUAUGGAGCGCGGGCAACCCAGGACCGACCGUCUGGGGAAGAUCAGAUGCCUGGACUUGUCAGGGAUGGAGCUGCUCGCGGAGCACCUGGACCCGAAACUGCUGUGCCGCCUGACCCAGUUGCAGGAGCUUGACCUCUCCAACAACCAGCUGGAGACAUUGCCAGCCAGCCUGGGUCUGUCCCACCUGCGCAUCCUCCACUGUGCCAACAACCAGCUAGAGGACGUCACCACCUUGUGCCAGUUCCCAAAGCUGGAGGAGCUGAGCCUGGAAGGCAACCCCUUUCUGACGGUCAAUGACAAUCUGAAAGUCGCCUUUCUGCUGCCCAGUCUUCGGAAGAUCAAUGGCAAGGAUGCUUCCUCAACUUGCUGCCAGGUGGAGAGCCUGAACCGGGAGCUGACCAACAGGGUCACUGCUCACUGGGAGAAGUUCGUGGCCGCCAGGGACCCAGAGGAGAAGCCUGAGAAAGUCCAGGCAGAUUUUGUGAAGUCUGCUGUUAGGCAUGUGCGGUAUGGACCUGAGUCCCUCAGCGAGUUCACCCAGUGGCGGGUGCAGAUGAUUUCUGAGGAACUGGCGGCUUCCGGUGGGACAAGGGUGAGUGACGCUGACCUCCCAGAGAAGCCCCCAGGAGUGAUAACUGCCUCCAGGCCCAGGGCCAGGCUAGCAGCCAUAAAGCGACUCGACAGCUCGCCCCUCAACCUCUCUCCCAUCAAGCGGGUAUGUGCCUCCCUGCCAGCCCAGGUGGAAGGCAGCCAGCCUGGCCUGAGGAUGGAGCCCCUGCACUUCCUGCAGUGCCACAGCAGGAACAACAGCCCUCAGGACCUGAAGACCCAGCUCUGGGCCUGCGCCUUCGAGCCAGCCUGGGAGGAAGGGGAUUCGGGGGCCACAUCCCAGACAGUGGCCACGUGUGGUGGGGAAGCUGUGUGUGUGAUUGACUGCCAGACAGGUAUCGUCCUCCACAAGUACAAGGCGCCUGGGGAGGAGUUCUUCUCAGUGGCCUGGACAGCCCUGAUGGUGGUCACACAGGCUGGCCACAAGAAGCGCUGGAGUGUGCUGGCUGCAGCAGGCCUGCGAGGACAGGUCCGCCUGCUGCACGUACGUGCUGGCUUCUGCUGUGGUGUCAUCCGAGCCCACAAGAAGGCCAUUGCCACCCUCUGCUUCAGUCCCACCCAUGAGACCCACCUCUUCACGGCCUCCUAUGAUAAGCGGAUCAUCCUCUGGGACAUCGGUGUGCCCAACCACGACUACGAGUUCCGAGCCAGUCAACUCUUCACACUGGACUCCACCUCCAUUCCCCUGCGCCUCUGCCCUGUCCCUUCCUGCCCUGAUGCCCACCUGCUGGCUGGCUGUGAGGGUGGCUGCUGCUGCUGGGACGUGCGGCUGGAUCAGCCCCAAAAGAGGAGGGGGUGUGAGGUGGAGUUUGUCUUCUCCGAGGGCUCCAAGACAUCAACGCGGAGAGUGGAUGGGCUGGCAUUUGUGAACGAGGAUGUCGUGGCCUCCAAGGGGAGCGGCCUGGGCACCAUCUGCCUGUGGAGCUGGAGCCAGACGUGGCUGCACCGGGGCAGCAAGUCCUCGGUGACCGUGGUGGUCCUGGCUCAGCUGCAGUGGUCACACACGGAGCUGGCCUACUUCUCCCUCAGCACCUGCCCUGACCAAGGCAUUGUGCUCUGCGGGGAUGAGGAGGGCAGCGUGUGGAUCUACGAUGUUGGGCAUCUCCUGAAGCAGCUGUCUCCACCACCAGCAGCCCCGCAGGCCCCCACACAGAUCCUUAAGUGGCCCCAGCCAGGGGCCGGCGGCCAGCCAGUGAUCAGGACCAUGGUGAACAUGGUGGUGGCCAACGCUGCCUUCACAUACCUCACGGCUCUGACAGACUCCAACAUUGUGGCCAUCUGGAGGCGAUGCUAGCAGGGCAGGAUGCCUGCCUCUGCGGCACACAACCAGGGACACUUUAACUUAUUUAGUGUACGGCUUAUGAUGGAGUUUUUUAUCAGCGAGUAUUUUUAUUAAACUUCCUGCUAUGGCCAAGCA